ACUUUUGGCUUUAGCUGUUUACGAGAUAGAAAAAAAAGAAUUAAAAAAAAAACGUCCAAAAAAAGGACCAUAUAUUAUAAAUUGAGUAGUCACAGAUUUUAAUAUGUUUCCAUUUUUCUCUUUUUGUCACAAUCCAACUUUUCUGUUUCCUUUUAUACCCACCACCAACAACAUUACCUUCUUUUCUAGUUCAAGCUUUCUAUAAUCACCUAUUCACUAAAAGAAAAUUCCUUGCAACACUCAUUUCAUUUCUCCAACACAUAAUUUUGGUUCCAAAUCCAAUUGAGUUUUAAUUGUUGGUCACAAUUAAUUUUCUUAUAGUGUGGUCUAGUCUAAUCUAGCCUACUUGAGAAGUGUAGCCACCACCAAAGCCGUUUUUUUUUCUUUAAUUUUUAUUGAGUGUUUAUAGCUGUGGCUAAAUUAAAAGAAUACGUUAUGGCAGAGGAAGAAGCCAAGAGGGUUGAGCCUCAAUCGCCCGAAAAUCCAUCACCGGUAGCGGCGGAACAGUUGAAGAAGGAGGAAGCAAAAGAAGAAGAAGAAGUUGUAAACAGUAAGGAUGUUUGUGCUUCUGAUGAGAAGAGUUUGAGCCCGGUUCCAUUAGAGAAGCCUCUUCCUGCCCCUGCAAUUGUUCAAAAAGUUGUUGAUCCUUUUGUUGAGAAAAACUCAGAGGUUGCAGUUGACAGGGAUGCAGUGCUUGCACGAGUAGAAGCAGAGAAAAGAUUGGCCUUAAUUAAAGCAUGGGAAGAGAGUGAGAAGACAAAGGCAGAUAACAAGGCAUACAAAAAGUUGUCUGCUGUUGAAUCAUGGGAAAACAGCAAGAGAGCUGCUGUGGAGGCCGAGCUCAAACAAAUUGAGGAAAAGUUGGAAAAGAAGAGAGCAGAAUACACAGAGAAAAUGAAGAACAAAGUGGUGGAAUUACACAAGAUAGCAGAAGAAAAAAGGGCAAUGGUUGAAGCCAAUAGACAAGAAGAAUUUCUCAAGGUUGAAGAGACUGCAGCAAAGUUCAGAGCUUCUGGUUAUUCACCUAAGAAAUUCUUUGCAUGCUUCUCUGCCUAAUCUAAUAAUAAAAAUCAUUCCUAAACAAAGUUUAGUUUUGGUGUGUGUGUGAUCACUUAAAUAACUUUUAUUUUCUUUUGAUUGUUUGUUUGUUUGAUUUGGAUACGUAAACCAUGUUUCUCAUAUCAUUUUGUGUAUAUGUUCUUGGAUAUUGGUUUUCACUUAUAAAAUGCAUGUUAUGUUAUGUGGCA